AGGAGCGGAAUGUAACGUUACCAGUGACGGAGCUUAAAAAAGGGAUGCUGAGAAGGGGAGGGAUGAGGUUGCGGUUGCCUGGAAACAGCACAGUAGAUAUCCCCAUCUUGCUCCCUUGAGUGCAUGAGACUGCAGAGACGGAGAGAGAAAAAGAUGAGUGAGUAAGUCAAGCGUGGAUGGAAAAUAGCUGGAACGUGACAAGGAGGCGAGGAGGACAACGGCCCGACUUGGGGGAAUCAACGCAAGAGGAGGCAGGAGGACUCCCGCAUCAGCAUCACCUAAGUUCCCCCUCGUGGAUCCGCACGGGGGAUGCUCGGUCAUCUUUGAAGGAGCGUCAUCACAUCACAGAGAAGCUCCUCUAUUAUUGAGGUGAUUCACGACCAAGCAGAGCACGGCAUGGGCACAGCGGAGGCCACGUUACGCAUGGACAGCAUGGAGGUGAAGGACGAGUGGCAGGACGAGGACUUCCCCAGGCCUCUACCAGAAGAUGGAGACGGCUUCAGCGACUCCAGAGCCAACCCCCCCAGCAGUCUGAACGUAGGCCAGUCCAGGGACCAGUCCAAGCGCCGCACACUCAUCGCCCCCGACAUGAACCUGUCGCUGGAGCAGAGCGAGGGCUCGGUGCUCUCUGAUGACCUCCUGGAAACGCCGGACGACCUGGACAUCAAUGUGGAUGACAUCGAGACACCCGACGACACCGACUCGCUGGAGUUCAUCAAUAACGGCAACGAACUUGAGUGGGAGGACGACACCCCCGUGGCCACCGCCAAGUCUCUCCCGGGUGAAGAAGGCGAGGAGGAAGCAGACUCGUCUGGCCGUCUGUGGAGAACAGUGAUCAUCGGUGACCAGGAACAACGCAUCGACAUGCAGGUCAUCAGGCCCUACCUGAGGGUGGUCACCCAUGGGGGUUAUUACGGAGAAGGCCUGAACGCCAUCAUUGUGUUUGCGGCCAGCUACCUUCCUGACAGCAGCUGUGACGACUACACGUACAUCAUGGAGAACCUCUUCUUCUACGUGGUGAGCAGCCUGGAGCUCCUGGUGGCCGACGACUACAUGAUCGUGUACCUGAACGGAGCCACCCCACGCAGGAAGAUGCCCGGCAUCGGCUGGCUGAAGAGAUGCUACCAGAUGAUUGACAGGAAAUUGAGGAAGAACCUGAAGUGUCUCAUCAUUGCUCACCCGACGUGGUUCAUCAGGACCGUCCUGGCCAUCUCACGACCUUUCAUCAGUGUCAAGUUCUUGGAUAAGAUCCGAUACGUUCACACACUGGAGGAGCUCAGCCAGCUCAUCCCGAUGGAACAUGUCCAGGUGCCUGAGUGCGUGCUGCAGUACGAUGAUGAGAAGAUGAAAGCAAGACUGGAUCAAGAGCAGCAGCAACACACCAAGACAUCCAUUCCGCCGGCUAAAGAAAGGCCGAAGUCAACCAUCACGGAGAUCGUCUGUGACAUCUGACAUUAAGAGCUGGAAGUGUCAACGAGUGGAUCUGUCCAUGCAAGACAAUCACUGUCAUUCCGAUGCAACAGGCUUUGUGGGAAUGUCAGGUGUGUAAAUCUAUUUUUGAGGAAGGUGUCUUACGUAUUUGAUGAUUCUUGUUCAGAUGAAAGGCAUGAUGAUGAUAUUUUUGGACCUUCUGUUGACGAUGCAAAGGUGGCAUGCUUGUUGAUAUCCGUCUGUUGCUGUUAUCGUCUUGUUUUGAAGUCGUUUGCCAGAUGGAAAUCAUCAGCUGCUGCGAAAAAUAUUGUGUAAAUAUUUGCUGAUUGUAAAGAGAUUAAUAAACAAGCUUGUCAUGCUAAACUUCUUAACAGGCUUCCUCUCUAAACGGGUUCCACUUUGCUCCAGAAUGCAUUUGACACUUCCUGCUCAAGGUUAUAAAUCAAAAAUACACAAGAGGACACUUGGUCACGUACAGUAGUUGCUAAUGUCGUCAGUAUCACUUGACUCACUCACUCCCAACUUACAUGAGCAGUCAAAAGUUUACAGACACUUGGUCAUGCUGUGGAAUGAGAAGGUGUCUCUAAACUUUUGACUUGUACUGCUUUUAAUUCACAAUAUUCACAAAUGACCAAAUAUCAUUGAUUUCAUGUGCU